GCGUAUUGCUGCCUUUCUCAGUUCGGAAUGUGCAUUCCACAUUGUGACAAACGCAAAAAUAAAGGGGAAACUUAAAUUGCACCAUCUUACUCUGCGCCAAUACACUAUCCCAUUCCAAUACUUGGCCCUAAAGGAUCCUACACCAGUCCGUCGGUCUGGGAGGAUGGAACCCCUUCUCUCAACUUCCUGUAAGUCUUCUGCACUAAAAGCUCUCACAUAUCUCUGCUGCUGCAACUAUAACAUAUAUUCUGUGAUUUUCACUCCAUACGUGCAGUGCAUCACCAUGGCUGUAAACGCAAGAAAUACAAUAGGGAUGCACAAUAUAUCGGAAUCCGAUAUUAGGUAAAAAUAUGGCAUUGGUCCAAUGUCUAGUUUAACACCGAUGUGCAAAACCGAUGUCAAAGCUUAAGUGCAUACCUUUAAAUGUAGAUAAAUGACGCCACAAAAAAUACAGUGCUACACGUGCAACACAGCAUUCUUAACCUAGCUCACAAUGUCUGCUGUGUGGAUCUAUUUUGAAGUUUCAAAGGAAGAUAACAAAAAGGCCAUAUGCAAUGUUUGUGCUGCUAUUAUUUCCAGAGGAGGGGAGAAAGUGAAAACUUUAAAUAACACAAACCUGAUUACUCAUUUAUAAGUGCAUCACCCCCAGAAGUUCUGCAACUACUUAGAACAAAAGCAGAAAAAAAACUAAGCACAUACUUCCAACAACUAAAGAAGUGCAAGUCAAACAGUCAUUUGAAAGAGUAAAAAAACAUCUGUGAUUCAACUCCAAGCCAAAUCUGUUAACGCCAAGAUAAUGGAAUUCAUUGCCCUUGACAAUCAACCGUUCUCUGUUCGUGGAGGAUAUUGGCUUUCGCUAACUGGUUGAGCACCCCGAGCCCCGGUACACACUACCAAGUAGCUGCUAUUUUUCAGAUGUUGCCCUACCGGAAUUACACAGUAUUGUUAAAACGCACAUCCAUGAACUACUUUCUAUGGGCAUCACUGCUAUUAGCUUCACGACUGACAUUUGGACCAGCGAUGUCAGCCCCAUGAGCAUGCAGAGUAUGAUAGCACAGUGGGUCUAAGAGGAUUUCGUACUGAGGAAAGCUGUAUUGCAUGCUCAAGAAUGUGCUGGUUCUCAUACCGCUGCUGCCAUAUUUGAGAACAUGUUUGAAACAUGAACACAAUCCUAGCUCCGUUCGAACAAGUGGCUCGAGAAAUAAGCUCAUCAACUGGGUCUGCAGCAGAUGUGAUACCCUUUGUCAUGGCAGUGAAAAGCCUGCUCAACAAAACUGCAGAGACAGACCUUGGGGGUUAAUACUUGCAAAAGUACCCGACUGGAGGCUGUGAACAAGCGAUUCGGAGGCAUUCUCUCAGAGCCUCUUUACUGUGUCGCCACCAUGCUCGAUGCUAUGUACAAAGGCCGCUACUUCGAUACAGACAAGAAAUAGGGUUUAUGUGAAUUGUUAGACACAGCUGGACAAGAUGGAAACGGUUACAGUGACAGUGCGCACCGAGGAAGAGGACCCACGUUUCAGCUGUCUGGUCCGUGGCCUCUUCUGACAUCACUGCUUGACAUCUAUGAUGAAAUCCUGGUUGAGAAUGAAACGACUGAACAUCAUAACAGCACAGCAAGUCACCACAAAGGGAGCAGGGCUAAACCCCAAUGCCAAAGUCUGGCAGGAGAUCCCUGUGCCCCAGAGCCAAGUCCCAGAGGACAGCACGGAGGGCACCCACUGGCUAGAGACUACCCCCACUUCUGCUGAUGUCACUGAGGGUUAUUCAGAGGCUCCCCCAACUGAGGAUAAGGGAUACGGCACGGAGUACUCAGACCCGUCGGACAGUAGUGCCCGUUUACCCACAGAGGGUGUACUGAACGGCAUGGAUCCCCCUGAGCUGGGGUACCCCCUCUAUGACUCUGUGACUGAGUCAGCAGUGGAGGAACAGCAGCCCCUCCCUGAAGAGAGCCUGAGAGAGUCUCUGAAGAAACAGCUGGAGUUUUGCUUCUCAAGAGAGAAUCUGUCCAAGGAUCUGUACCUGAUGUCCCAGAUGGAUAGUGAUCACUUUGUCCCCAUCUGGACCAUCGCCAGCAUUGAGGGCAUCAAGGUCCUCACUACCGACAUGGACCUCAUCCUGGAGGUACUACGAGCCUCGCCCAUGGUACAAGUUGACGAGAUGGGGGAAAAGGUUCGGCCCAAUCACAAGCGCUGCAUCAUCAUUCUGAGGGAGGUGCCAGAGACCACACCUGUAGAGGAAGUGGAGGCUCUCUUUAAGAAUGAAAACUGUCCCAAGGUGAUGAGUGUUGAAUUUGCGGCCAACAACAACUGGUACAUCACAUUCCAGUCGGACACUGAUGCACAGCAGGCCCACAGAUAUCUAAGGGAAGAAGUGAAAACGUUUCAGGGAAAACCCAUCAUGGCUCGUAUCAAGGCCAUCAACACAUUCUUUGCGAAGAAUGGCUACCGUAGUGUACCGAACUCCAGUGUGUACAGCCAGCAGGGCCAGUCCCAGUAUAACUCAACACACCUCUACAUGCAGCAGGUAUUCAGCCCCCAGCAGCAGUACCCACUCUACCCCCUGGUGCCACCCACCUGGAACCCAUCGCCUGCCCCUUACUUCCAGACCCCGCUGGCCCCGUUCCCCAACAGUGGCUUUGUGAACGGUUUCAGCACCCCUGGGAACUACAAGACUGGCACCAGUCCCUUGGGCCUCGGACGACCGCCCUUCAACAGAAACCGUGUCCCCCUCUAUUCUAGAAAGAAUGUAAUCAAUGCAUUCAGGAACCACGCAAAGAGCCAGCCCCGGCCAUGUGACGAGACCCCUCCUCCCUCUGUUACACCCGUAUCCCCCAUGGUGGAUGGCCUGUCGGGCCCCUCCAGCGCUCUUCCUACCCGGGCGGCCGGGGCUCCCCUGGGUAGCACCCCCGAGCCUGGCCUUGUGCCCCCCACCCUCAGGGACACCCUGCCACUGGCUGCAGAGGGGAUGCCCAAUGGAGACCUGGGCAUUGCUGGCAGGGGCAGGAGAGGCAGCUACAGAGGGAUGCGGAGGAAGAGAGAGGACGAGAGAAUCACGAGGCCCAUCCCUCUGAGCGAGAUAAAGGUUCCACAGCCCAAGUUUGACCUGGCGACCUCCAACUUCCCUCCAUUGCCUGGGUGUGUGGUCAGCACGCAGGGAGAGCCCUUGCUAGAGACUCGCAUGUCUGAUGUGGUUCGAGGCCUCAAGGUGACCAGCGACAAGCCUGAUGUGAAUAAGGAGUCUGUGGCCCCUCCUGCUAGUGCCCAAAAGGAGGCUGUGAGUGCGCCCAGUCAGGUCGUGCCGGCCCACAAACCCCCCACCCCUCUGGUUGUGGAGCCCCUUGUUCCAAGUGUUGCUCAUCCAGUAAAGAAAGUGGAGAAGCCUGAGCCUCAUGUCCAAAAAGAGAUGGCUCCACCCCCCACACCACCCUCUUCUCUGCCAACCCCCUCACAGCCCGCCGCUGCAACCAAACCUACGCCCACCCACAGUCAGUCCAUCUCCACGGCAACACCAUUUCCCGCCACUAUCACACCUGCACCGGAGUCAAGGAAACUGAGCUAUGCUGAGAUGUGCAAGCGGCCAGCCACCCAGCCCCCAGCGCCAAGCACCUCCCCAAACCCUCCCACCUCCCCGGCCAGCCAACCCCUGCGUGAACUGCGGGUCAACAAGGCCGACGAGCCCGCCACCUCCUCCAGCAGCGAUGGGGAUAGGCCUGAGAAACCUGAGCGGCCUGGAGAAGGCCAGCCCCACCUUGAUCCCCUUGGCUCAUACUGUGGGGUUAAUGGCCCUGCCCGAUCCGGAGGGAUGGGCCUAAAGUACCGGGAUCAGCAGAGAGGUGCGUCCAUGAGCCGUCGCAUCUCCCCCCAGGGCUGGGCCAGACGGAGCGGGAAGGAACAGAACAUUCCCCCCCGGUCACCAAAGUAGCUUAAACAACAACCAACAGACUAACAGAAAAACAAACACAAAUCUAUAUACGUGUGUGUGUAUAUAUAUGUAAAGAGAUAAAUAUAUAUAUAUAUGUUAUUGGAUGAAAGAACACAUUUGCGUUCUUCAUCUUAAAGACCCCCCUGAAGCUCGGUCGGACAUCCGCUGACCUUUGUUUAAGAAAGACUGCAAGCGGUAAUCAUUUUAACAGGGGGCCGACACGAGUGUUACAAAUCAUAAACUGAAGGACUUGUUUGAAAGAAUAGCGAGAGAUGCUUACAUGCUGCCUCACCUUGGUUAGCUUGAAGGCUGUGUCCUCCACUGCUAAAUCUAUGUUCAUUUGGUUUCUGUCAGUGGGGGAUGGGGGACAAAUAUACAGUAAUGCCUUGUAUCACCAGAAUACUGGUAGUUGCAAAGGGGAAAAAAGAAAAGAGCUGUUAGCAAAUCUAGUCAUUAUGCGACACAGCAAAAGAUGUGGACAUCCACCAAUAUGACAUUGUUAUGAGUUGAUACAUAUGAAGCAAUUUGUUGAAGGGGUUGGCAAGUGAUUAUUUUGGCGAAGGGCUAAGGAUAGUUCAUAAAAUGUGUUUUUAUGUAGGUUGGAAGCGAGAGGGCCACAUGGUUUUAGAGAAGUGCCUGUUUUGAACUGUUCUGAGAGAUGGAGUGAGUUGGGAAGCCUGUCAAGCUGCACUUUCUUUUAGGUGAAGAAACAGUCUUGGAUGCCUGUCAGCUAAGAGUCUGGAAUUAUUUUGUGUUCAGAAUCAAUGGGAAAAUAUGAAUUUAUUAGAAUCAAUGAUUUUAUUUUCACGGUUGCUGGAAACUUUUGGUAUACCCUUGCUUGAGUAGGACAUUAAAACCUUUACGAUAAUGGUGAUAGGAUACCGUGCAAAUGUGGGGAAAAGUUUGGAUAGUCAGGCUGUCGGUCACUGAAUUGUUAUAUUUUCCACUCCAUUUCCUAUUACUUUGAAACAUAUGGUUAAAUGUUUGAGGUGUUGGUCCCAACUGUCUGCCAAUCCUGUUUAGUUAAAAUAUGCUUUGGUUGGUUAAUGACGAUUGCGCAAGGUACUCUCCGAAGUUUUCCUAUACGAACUGCUUGCUUUUGUUUUUUUUAAGUGGUUUAAGUAAAAAAAAAAAAAAGGUUUUAAGUGGUUUGCUACAGUGUGUUAUGAACAUGACCCACCAAUCCAUUGGUUGGGAUUUGAGUGGAUCAGGAAGUGUUGUCAUGGGUAACAGCUCAUGAGAAAGGGAGGAGUCUUCCCUUAGUGAAGUUAUUUGGGAGUUGAGGCAGUCAGCACUCGCAUUGUAGACACCUGACACGUUCACAGUUAUCAUGGAUUUGACCAUUUUAUACGUAGCCUUUUUAAAGGGGCAGUCUGCAGUUGCUACAUUCAUUAUUGGACCUAUUAUUAAUUUAUGUACCAAUUUUGAUUCUUCAAGUAUCAAAGCUUUGUUCCACUGUCCUACCCCAUCAGAACCCAAAAUAUAAGCCUGUUUUACUCCAAUGUUUGUAAAGAAAGUAAAUGCAGACUAAAUCUAUAUAGCCUCAAAACAUGGUUAAAACUGUCAUUUUUAUGCAUCCAUAGCUCAGUCUAUGAAUUUGAGCUGUUACAUUUCUCCAACCCCAUCCCUCAGCUUUUCACUGUAACACGGUAGGGAGAACGCUUUGUUUCAACUGCUGAUUGUCAUUUUAAGAAGAGUAGUUUUAAUUAUUUGUGUCUUGCAUAAAAGUUUAACCUGUUGUAUUAAUAUGUACAAUUAAUUGUACCUAUGUGGUCAAAUGCAGGAUACCGGCGUUAACAUAUACCUUCCUAUUUAUGUCUUGAUGGAACAGGUGGUCUUUAUCAUCAAAUAGAAACCUUUCCACCCCAGAUAUCUGGCCAUUUCAACAUGCCAUCAUAUCUGUGCAACAUGUUCCAGAGUAGUCUGCCAUGCAUUUUGGUAGCUCUUGUAUCAUGUGGAAUAGGUUAGAUGGUAUUUUAUAGACUAGUAAUGGGAUCCCAAGCAUGAAACUAGUCUUUGGUACUAUGUAUUCGAGCUUGCUCAUUUUAAAAUGGCCUGAAUUCAAGUAAACGUACUCAGUUCUCAUUCUCUUAUUUGUUGGCAUCAGGAAUUAAUCUAUAAAGGAGCUUACUGGUUUAGAGCAGCGAUCACUGGAAUUUUACGUUUUUUUAAUGCAAAUAAACUUUAAAAAAAAAACUUUUUUAAAAAUAAAUUUGUCAGGAAAGUUCUUCCCCAGCAAGAGUCCGGUUAGUGUUCUGACUUCUCAAUUUGAGUUGAUAACAUGCAGUACCGAACCUGUCCUAGUAUGAGAUUAGGUGUGGCCAGUGGAGACUUCCAGGUGUGGUGAUAACAUGCAGUACCGAACCUGUCCCAGUAUGAGAUUAGGUGUGGCCAGUGGAGACUUCCAGGUGUGUUGAUAACAUGCAGUACCGAACCUGUCCCAGUAUGAGAUUAGGGGUGGCCAGUGGAGACUUCCAGGUGUGGUGAUAACAUGCAGUACCAAACCUGUCCCAGUAUGAGAUUAGGGGUGGCCAGUGGAGACUUCCAGGUG